GCCACCCCUGAGCCGGCCCGGCCGGCCGUGCAGCGCUCCCGCCGGCCGCUCUCCCGGGAGCGCGGGGGGCAUGAACGGCUACGGCUCCCCCUACCUGUACAUGGGCGGCCCGGUGUCGCAGCCGCCGCGGGCGCCCCUGCAGCGCACGCCCAAGUGCGCGCGCUGCCGCAACCACGGCGUCCUGUCCUGGCUCAAGGGCCACAAGCGCUACUGCCGCUUCAAGGACUGCACCUGCGAGAAGUGCAUCCUCAUCAUCGAGCGGCAGCGGGUGAUGGCGGCGCAGGUGGCGCUGCGGCGGCAGCAGGCCAACGAGAGCCUGGAGAGCCUCAUCCCCGACUCGCUGCGCGCCCUGCCCGGGCCCCCGCCGCCCGGAGACGCCGCCGCCGCCGCCGCCCCGCAGCAGCCGCCCGCCUCGCAGCCCGCGCAGCCGCCGCCGCCGCGCCCCGCCGCCGAGCUGGCUGCGGCCGCCGCGCUGCGCUGGGCCGCCGAGUCCCAGCCCGGAGCGCUGCAGCAGGCGCCGAUCGCCAAGCCCGACCUGCCCGAGGAGCGGCUGGCGGACGGCGGUGCCGCCGCCGACAACCCGGACACCUUCAGCGACAAAGACUCGGAGCAGCGGGGCUCCCCGGACGCGGCGAAGAGCAAGAGCAGCUGCUUCGGGCCCGAGAGCCCCGAGCUCGUGUCGGUGGACGAGGGCGGCUACGCGGCGGCCGCGCAGAAGAACGGCGGCGCCGAGGGCCGCCCCGACAGCCCCAAGUACCCCGGGGAGCAGAGCCACCUCCUGAUCGAGGGCCCGUCGGGCACCGUGUCCCUGCCCUUCAGCCUGAAGGCCAACCGGCCGCCGCUGGAGGUGCUGAAGAAGAUCUUCCCGGCGCAGAAGCCCGCCGUGCUGGAGCUCAUCCUCAAGGGCUGCGGCGGGGACCUGGUGAGCGCCGUGGAGGUGCUGCUGUCCAGCCGCUCCUCGCUGGCCGCCGCCGAGCGGACUGCCGCCGAGCCCGAGGGCCUGGUGCUGCCCGCCAACGGGCACCUCUUCGAACACACGCUGAGCUCCUACCCCCUGUCCUCAUCCAAGUGGUCGGUGGGCUCCGCCUUCCGGGUGCCCGACUCCUUGAGGUUCUCGGCGGACUCGGCCAACGUCGUGCCCAGCCCCCUGGCCGUGCCCCUGCAGCACCCGUUCCCCCAGCCGCCCCGCUACCCGCUGAUGCUGAGGAAUACGCUGGCCAGAAACCAGUCGAGCCCCUUCCUGCCCAACGACGUCACCCUGUGGAACACCAUGACGCUGCAGCAGCAGUACCAGCUGAGGUCCCAGUACGUGAGCCCCUUCCCCAGUAACUCUGCCGGCGUCUUCAGGAGCUCGCCCGUCCUCCCCACGCGCGCCUCCGAGGACCCCCGCAUCUCCCUCCCCGAGGACGGCUGCCCCAUGGUGUCCAAGCAGUCCAUGUACAGCGAGGAGGACUACGACGAGCGCUCCGACUCCUCAGACUCGAGAAUACUCAACUCCUCCUCCUAAGGUGGGCGCCGUGGCGGGGCCAGGUGACGGCUUUCUGGCCCCAGCCUGCCCAGGAGGUUUCAUCUCCUGUGUGUCACUCCCCCACCCCGCCCCACCCCACCCCUUUCCUUCUGUUUGACAAAAGGGACUUGCUUGAUUCGGUACAUUCGCAAUAAAAACAUAACUUAUUUAAUUUCUUGCACUUCACAGGAAAAUGCCAAAUAGCUCUGUGGCUUUAGUGCUGAUUAUUAUUAUUAUUUUUGUUUUUUUUUUUGUAAAAGAGUGUCUGUCUCAUGCUAAGAAUAGUUUGGAGGAAGCUGGGUCCACAGAAGAUUUAUUUGGAAAAUGUCAAGCUGAAAGCCAGCCUUGAUCCUAAAAUCAACCUAGAAAGUUCUAGAAAAAAUUAGUAUACUUGAAUGCAAUUUUGUCCCAGAGGAUUCCUCAGGAUAUGCAGACCCGAAAGGACAAGGUUGAUGGCAAAUGGACUCUAAACAGGGGUGUUAUAUACUUAUGCUAAAGAUCCUUCUUGCAUUGUAAAGAGAGACUGCCCUAGAGUGAACUGCUCACGUGCUUAUUUAAGCUUGGACAAUUUUUCUGAGAUAAACUCCAUUAAGAAUUAUUCUUUUCACAUGGCUGAAUGGAAACAUGUGUAAUGUCAAUGUAAAACCAAUCACAGCUGUGAACUGCAUGAAAUGUGUUGUGAAAUGAACGCAAGAUUAUGCUUUGUCAGGUUAAUGUAGCAUGCUAAGGACUCUAGAAAAAAAUAAACUAAGGAGACGAUC